AUGGCAGAUGACGUCUCCAGUGACCCAAUCGUCAAGGCGCUGCAGAAGAGCACGAUCGCCCAGACCUUGAAGGCUGCCCGUGCCUCCUUGGCGGAACCUUCGCGGCCUUACACGCCUUUGGACAGGUCUCUCUUCCAGCGCCCGAACGAGGGAAGCGAUCCAAGGCCGUCUUCAAGCUACGGCGUCGACCAGCUGGCCUUUGUACGGGAUACCUUCGGGAACACAGGUCGCCCCGAGUCCGCUCGGUCGUCGAGGUCUUCCCGGACCCGGCCGGACACCAUCGCAGAGGAGGACGGACCCCACUCGCCGGAGAUCUUGCGCCUGGACGGCGAGGCUGCAGAAAGCAGCGGCAGCGAAGAGCUGACUCCGGUGGUAGCUGUGCCAUCGCCGCCGGCACCUUCCCGCGGCCCGGCAAAGCCUCCCAGGCCGCCUGUGCCGCCGGGUGGCGCCUCGGGGUACCCGAACCUUUCAGCCUUAAAGUCUGGAGGCGGCUACCCAGACCCUUUUGGA